AUGAGAAAUGGCGAUUCGGCGUACGAUUACCCAUUCGCAUGUGAUGCUCUCAUAUACACAGGGCAUCGCGCAAAUAUCUUCAAUGCACAAAUGCUCCCAAAUUCUUCUCGAAUAGCAACCGUCGCAGGCGACAAGCAAGUACGAAUAUCCGAUAUUGGAGCCUCUACUUUUGUUCCUGCUCAUAGCGGCGAAAUCGCUUACAGCAGUCGCGAAGCCAAUAUCCAUGUAUUGCGUUGUCACAACCGUCGAGUGAAGCGAAUAGUGACAGAAGAAAGCCCUGACUUGUUUCUGACGGUGGCAGAGGAUGGAACUGUGCGCCAACACGACCUGCGUGCACCACACAACUGCCACUCUGGCUCCUGUCCUGCACCUCUCGUUCGGAUGAAUCAUGAGCUCAACACCAUUGCUUUGUCGCCUCUCACCCCUUACCAGUUCGUGGUUGCUGGAGAAUCUCCGUAUGGUUAUUUGUUCGAUAGACGACACGCAGGAAAAUCUUUCCAAGAACAAUGGGGCAUGGCGCCGGAUCCUGACGGAGUGACUACGUGCGUCAGGAGAUUUGGACGUGCCACAGGCGAGCAGGGAGACUACGAACACAUCACAGGAGCACGAAUGGCAAACAGUAACGGCCACGAGGUGUUAUUGUCAUACAGCUCCGAUGCUGUAUAUCUUUACUCAACUCUCGACAAUUCUCAACCUGCAGCGUUGUCCGGAAAGAGCUCUUCUAUCCUCCGGAACAAUGAUGCUACCGGAAAUGACGUUUUCGUGACAUCUGACGUCGAAAUGCGGAUGGAGGAAGACAUUGAACGUAUCUUGUCCGAAGAUACUGACAUGACUGAGGAUGACGCGCGACACUGGGCUGGUCCGGACGAAGAGGUAGAAAAGGAAGAACAGGAAGAACAGGCGCAAUACACAGAGAGUAGGUUUUCGUCGAAAGCCCCCAUUGUGCUUCCUCGUUCUCGCUUCGCUGGAGCUUGCAAUGUAGAAACAGUAAAGGAUGUUAACUUUCUAGGCCCUCGUGACGAAUUUGUUGUCUCAGGCUCAGACGAUGGCAAUUUUUUUAUAUGGGACAAGGUGUCAGGCCGGUUGUGUGAUAUACUGGAAGGCGAUAGCAGUGUUGUAAAUGUCGUUGAAGGCCAUCCUCAUCUGCCUCUGGUGGCAGUCAGUGGAAUUGACACGACAGUGAAGGCGCGUCCCUAUAUUUCUUGUCCUUAG